AGAAACCAGAGCGCAUCAGCAAAAAAAACAGCCCGCACCAAAAGACUUGCCUUCUCGACGACGACAACCAGAAAGAUCCCCGGCAUCACCACCCAGCCAUAAUCACAAGCCGCAACCAUGGCCGACGCCGAUACCCCGGUUACCCUGCGCACGCGCAAGUUCAUCCGCAACCCGCUGCUGGGUCGCAAGCAGAUGGUCGUUGACAUCCUGCACCCCACCCGCCCCAACAUUUCCAAGGAUGAGCUCCGCGACAAGCUGGCUGGCCUGUACAAGGCCACCAAGGAUCAGGUCAGCGUCUUCGGCCUGCGCACCCAGUUCGGUGGCGGCAAGACCACCGGUUUCGCCCUGAUCUACGACUCCCCCGAGGCUCUCCAGAAGUUCGAGCCUCGCUACAGGCUGGUCCGCAUCGGCAAGGCCACCAAGGUCGAGAAGGCCAGCAGACAACAGCGCAAGCAGCGCAAGAACAGGCAGAAGACCCUCCGCGGCACGGCCAAGGUCAAGGGCGCGAAGGCGAAGAAGGACAAAUAAAUGCAAAAUAUCACGGCGCAUGGGAGGGUUUCCUGGGGUUCCGCUCCCUAUUCACGAUCUCUUGUUGGUUCCUGUCCCCCAUUUUGGACAGGACAUCGCCUUCAUCAUGGUGUUCUGGGGGAACUGGGCACACAUCCAUGGGCACCGUCGUGCUCCUGGCUUUGCUGUUGUUGGCUUGGGCUCGACCUGCUCGCCCUUUUCUUUUUGCGGGCGGGGUGAAGCGUCGGGAUGAACCAACAAAAAACAACAUGCAUGUUUUUCUGCCUCUUACUACAAUUUACCGGAAAAUCGGUCAUGGCGGCGUGAAGGGAUGGGCAUCGAAUUUUAUAUUUUUUUUUGACAUGAUGGUGGGAUCAGUGCACCUUGUGAUUUGCGGAUGCGGGUUGAGUUGUUCGAGUGAAC